AUGCCUCAUGAUUUAAAGGAACUGGGUGUAAGGAAAGCUAUUAUGGCUCCCUUGUCGCCUACUCCUUGUGCAGAGAUCAGUGAUGAUGAGCUGGUAUCAAUAUCAGUGAGAGAUCUCAACAGGCAACUCAAGAUGAGAGGACUGACGAGAGACCAGAUUGUUAGAAUGAAGCAACGACGGCGGACCCUCAAGAACCGCGGCUAUGCAGCCUCGUGUCGGAUCAAACGAAUAGAACAGAAGGAUGAACUGGAGACUGAAAAGAGUCAGGAGUGGCAUGAUAUGGAGGCUAUGCAAGAAGAGAAUAAUAGGAUCCGAGAGGAAAUAGAAGCAUUGAGAAGUAAAUAUGAUGCCUUGAAGAGGUUUGCAACCAUGAAGAGUAUCCCCCUACCAGCGGAAUUGGAGAUUUUGCCA